AUGAGACUCUACGUUCGUGAAAUUGAUUGUAAUGAUGACUGUAGUGAAAUGGGAGUCACAUUUUAUGUCAAUGCAAAUAACCAAUGCUCAAAGACUAAAGUCAUUGGGUACAGACAAGCAGAUGGUACAUACCGAACACAGUUUGAAGGUGACAAUACAUUUAAACCUGUACAUGCAACACCAGAGAACAUUGUGUUUGUCUCCGAUAAUGUGGAUCGAGCCGGCCAGAAAACAAAGUUGAUUUAUGUUGUUGGAAAAGGUCAACCUUUGACAUCUGAACAACACGAAAAACUUGUGGAAUUUGCUCAUGAAAAGAACAUUCCAGAAGAAAACAUUCACAAUGUUCUUGCUACAG